CCCAUCACCUGCAGGAUUGGGACUGGCUGCAGUUAUAGAUAUGAGUAAUGCUAACAUUCCUCUGCUCCCUGGCCCUGCCCCUCAGGGCCUCUUCCUCCAAGAGACCAAGAAUAACAUUCCAUCUUAUUCUUGUCUCUGCAGGUGGGGCUGCUUCUUCGGGUUCGUCCCUUGGCCUCUAUAGUCCUGCAGAGCCAGUGGUGGUGUCACCUGGUGGAUUAGGCCCACUGAGCCAGAAAGCUGAGCAGAUGGCACCUGCUGCCCAGGCCUGGGGCCCUACCUUGGCAGUACCUGAAGCCAGGGGCUGUUCUGGGAGUGUUAGCUGGGAGACACCUCGGAGGAAGGAAUACAACCGAUACUGUCCCAAAUUGCCCCCCAUGAGGCAGCUGGAGAGCUUGGGCUGGGCAGACCCCUGUUCCCGAAGCAGAGCUUCCUACCUGGGCGGCCCUGUCAGGCCCCGGCCCCUGCUGCUGUGUGGGCUGUCACCUGGGGUUCUGCCGAUAUCUUCCGAGGCAGGGGGGAAGGAGGCUGGCUCCCAACCUGACAUCUGCAUCCUUACCCUGGCCAUGAUGAUCGCUGGCAUCCCCACCGUGCCUGUGCCAGGCCUGAGGGAAGAGGACCUGAUCCGGGCAGCUCAAGCUUUCAUGAUGGCCCAUCCAGAGCCAGAGGGAGCUGUGGAGGGGGUGCAGUGGGAGCAGGCACAUGCCCACAUGGCUUCUGGGUUGAUGCCUUUAGUGAGGUCCAGGAGGGGCUCCUGCUUGUAGUCAGAUGAAAUAGCAUGAGACACAUAGGGCGGCUUCUCCGUAUGGUUCUUGGGCAGAUAGGGUUGGGGAUGACUACGGCAGGGGUGGGGAGAGGGUGUGGGUAACUGAGCCACCCUGAUAAACUGCACUGCUUUGCCAGGACCACCCUGCAGGGAGUUCUUGAUAACGCCAAGAAAGAUCUGAGCAGAUUCAAUCAAGUUACCUAGGUAGGAAGCCAUGUUUGGAGAGUAGAGAAAAUUUUCUUGUCUAAAGUCCUAGACUAUGGAUUUUCCUCUCUCCUGUGUCCCAGCUUGCUGAGGCAGAUGGGACUGUGGGCAAAUGGAGGGAAUGGACACUUGGCCGAGCAAACAGAACAAAAUUCUUCCCCGUGACCCAGCCUGUGAGGACGCCUAGCUUACAGAUUAAGUUGAGACUUAGAGAGAGGCUUUCUUGGGGGUCUCAUGCUAGUAUCAGCAGAACCAGGCCUCAGAACUAUGGCAGGCGAAAAGAACAA